GCUUAGGGUUUUCACUCUUGUUCUUCGCUAUCAUUCUCGUCAAGAAACCCUAGAGGUUCUGAAGAUUUCUCGCCAUGGGGAGAAGACCUGCAAGGUGCUAUCGCCAAAUCAAGAACAAGCCAUAUCCAAAAUCACGGUACUGUCGUGGUGUCCCUGACUCAAAGAUUAGGAUUUAUGAUGUGGGUAUGAAGAAGAAAGGCGUGGAUGAGUUCCCUUUCUGUGUCCACUUGGUGAGUUGGGAGAAGGAGAAUGUCUCAAGUGAGGCUCUUGAGGCUGCUCGUAUCGCCUGCAACAAGUACAUGACAAAGUUUGCAGGCAAGGAUGCUUUCCAUUUGAGGGUUAGGGUGCACCCUUUCCAUGUUCUGAGGAUCAAUAAGAUGCUUUCAUGCGCUGGAGCUGAUAGGCUCCAGACUGGUAUGAGGGGUGCUUUUGGUAAGCCACAAGGAACUUGUGCAAGAGUGAGCAUUGGUCAGGUCCUCCUAUCCGUCCGCUGCAAGGAUAAUAACAGCACUCAUGCGCAGGAGGCUCUCCGCCGUGCCAAGUUCAAGUUCCCUGGUCGCCAAAAGAUUAUUGUUAGCAGGAAGUGGGGAUUUACCAAGUACAAUCGUACUGAUUAUCUGAAGUGGAAGUCGGAGAACAGAAUUGUAUCAGAUGGUGUCAAUGCCAAGCUUCUUGGGUGCCAUGGACCUUUGGCACGACGCACUCCUGGGAGAGCUUUUUUGGAUGCUGUUUGAGAUAUUUUCCUUUAGUUUACUGGGACCUUUAAAUCUAAAGUUCGUUCAGUU